AUGGCGACAAAUGGUACUGAAGAAAACCCCAUCAGCGCAAACUUCUACAUGUUAGCAGGGUUCAAAGCUAUCACAGCCAUGCAUGCCAAUUGCUGCCGGACUAUAGGUGCUAAGGUGGCUGAUCUGGCGGCUGUGGUUCACGAUUGGAAGAGGUUCAAGAGUUUAUCUAAUUCCAAGACCAUCACUGAUGGCGUUAAUAGGAUUCUUGCCGACAACACCAAAAGUGUCAUUGUGUACAUUGGAGGGGGAGAGUACAAUGAGAAAAUCACAAUUCCGCGGAAUAAACCAUUUGUUAUAUUUUAUGGUUCUCCAAAAAAUAGGCCAACUUUGACCUUUUCUGGCACAGCUCAAAAGUAUGGAACUGUGAACAGUGCCACAGUGAUUGUUGAAUCCGACUACUUCGUAGCAACUAACCUUAUUAUUAAGGUGCAACUCUUCGCCAAUGACAUAUGGGAAAAGGGUGGGAGCGCAGACAAUGGCAUUGAGGGUGUCGGGGAACAAGUCAGCCUUGUACAAUUGCAGGCUGAUUGGUUUCCAGGACACACUUUGUGA